ACAAUGCAACAGCUUUCCUUGGACGCCAUUUUGAAUGUUGAAAGCUAGGCGUCGAUAGUUUUAUCAAACUUUGAACUUAGUUUUUGGACAUUAGAAAAGGCACAACCAUGGCGUACAAAGGACAGAAAGUUCAGAAAGUUAUGGUCCAACCAAUUAACUUGAUCUUUAGGUAUUUACAGAAUAGGUCAAGAGUACAGAUCUGGCUCUAUGAGCAGGUCAACAUGAGGAUAGAGGGACAUAUUAUUGGAUUUGAUGAAUAUAUGAAUCUCGUACUGGAUGAAGCAGAAGAAAUCCAUCUUAAGAGCAAGACAAGAAGACCUCUGGGGCGAAUACUGCUAAAGGGAGACAACAUAACACUUCUUAUGAAUGCUACAACAAGCUGAUUUAUGUACAUAGUUUAGAUAAAAGGAAAACUUUCCUCAAAACACAUAUAAUUGUGUUUCAAACCAUGCCAUAAGUGGUUCAUUUGUAAAUGAAGGACUAUAGGUUAACUUCAAGUAUUUUUUAUCCUAUAUGAUAAUAGCACCAGCUAUCUGUACAUGUAGAACUCCAGCCAAUAAAUCCCUUGCAUGGGACAUCAAAGCAGCUCAAUUUGGAGGACAUAACAAAAGAAUUUCAAACUCCUGAGAAUGGGAAACCUAUGGUUAUGUCCUCCAAAUUGAACUGCACUCCAUUGUACUGCAAGGGGUCUAUUCAAUUUCUUUUCUCUACUUUUAAACAUUUUUCCAUUCUCUCCCCUCCCUUCCUCUGAUGAUCUUCACCUGUCCAGGAUUGAAAAGCAACAUGCAUGUAAUAAAUUGUUUUGUAACUAUCUUCCAAUAAUAUUAUAUAUGUUUUAAUGUCACUACCCCAGUAACAAAUAUUGUAUUAAUAACAACUCUUUAAUAUCAAAAGAUGAACUUGUCUCAACUUGAAA